AUGCAAGCUGUCAUGCGGUUGUGUUCCCCACUCCUUCUGAACGUGCUUCUACUCUUUCUGGCUACGACCAUGUGCGCAGAUGUAGACUUGUCCGCGAAAAAAGUGAAAGAUAUACUUUGUCCAAAAUGCCUCAAAAUGGAAAGCGGCAUGAUUCAAGAGUUCCUUGUGAUCAGAGAGGUUCAUAGUUGGAACGUUCUUAUUUUCUGUAAGUUACUGUAACAUUAUUUGUGCCUAAUUUAUCCUAUCCUACAUUACUCUGGCUUUACUAUACAUGAGAAACGGGCCGGGCCCAAUUUUCAGGCUCGGCCCGAUCGAAAUUUUGCUCAAAGCCGGCCCGACCCGUUUCUCAUGUCUAGGCUUUACCCUCUCCUACCCUUACGCUAACAAAAACUAUUUCAGCCAGUAUUAAUGGCGCAAAGACGGUUGAUGCAAAAAUGUACCAGAAUGGUGAUUCCAUCGACGCUUUUCGAUAUAUUCCAGUGUUUGUAAACGGCGCGUUUCAGACAUACAUGGUCGAGAUCUCUUCUGAUGGUGAAUUCAAACUUGUUCAAAGGUAACUUUUGACUAUUUGUAGUUUGAGUUGGUCAAAUUUUAAAUCAUCUUCACCGCCCUGCAUUGAUUUGACUAAAAAAUGUAUUUUCAGACACACGGUCGAUGUUAAAAAUUAUCAUCCUACUGAUAAGGGGGGAUUGCCUGAUUAUGAAUACUGUUAUGUCAUUAAAAAGUACUCGAUAGAUCAUAAGCACAGCUUUAUGUACCAAAAUCUUUACAUUACCAGCAAAGACAGAGCCUUCGAGAUGGAUAAUGCAUGUAGCGAUAAACUUAUGCCAAAACGUCCAGAGUCUGUGCUACCUGAAACUGGUAAAUACGACAGAGAGAUUGACAAGUGUUUUGUAAGUGAAUUUAGAGCACGGCAAAUGUCUUUUGGGUACUGUAAUUGACUUUACUGUACUGUAAGGUUAGAGUACUGUAAAUGAGUUUACUGUACUGUAAGGUUAGAGUACUGAAAAUGAGUUUAGAGUACCAUUAUUGACUAUGAAAUGCGAAUAUUUUUAAAUCUUUGUAACUUGUGCUAUUCCAGGAAGACAGCAGUAAGGUGUGUGUCUCUGAUGUGGACGACCCCUCUCGAUUGCGCUUAAUCAAACGUAAACCACGUGAACGUAUUGCAUACAUGCGCAAUGACCUAGUCGUGUACUUGCAAUGCAUUACGUCCAGAUGCGCUUACUUUAUUUACGACGUGAAAACCGGGUAUUUCAUUUUUUAAAACAUUUUUAAUAAAAAAUGACCUUCUUGUCAGUGUGCCAAAGUUAAUAAACGCAUUUUUUAAAUUUAAAAAAAUACGUUUUCAGACUCGAUUGGUGGAUUCCAGAUGACAUAAGAGCACACAAUAGCAAACUCGAUGGUGAUAUUCGCUUGCUUGUGCCACUUUUGAGACGCGACGAUAAAUUCUACACGAGUCCAUUGCGCACAGCGUCAACUACCACAACCAAAACUACCAAAGCUACAACCAAAAGAACAACGGCUAAAACAACAAGAAAAACGUCUACAACCAAAGGAACAACGCCUAAAACCGGACGAACAACAUCUGAAACUACCCCAACUACGGCUACGAAGCAUACAACCGUGACCUCCGCUACAACAACCCCUACAACCACUCCAACUACAAUUACGACACCAAACGACCCUGCUCCUAACCCUACAAAUCAACCCCAAGAUGGAGGUGAUCACGAUCAACCAAGCAGCAAAGAGGAUGAACCUGCUUACGAUAGUGAUUCCAAAGACAGAGAUGGGGUUGGUGAUAUGGAAUGGUUUGUAGAAUACCAUAGUGGUAAAUCAACAUCCAAAUCUUCAAGUCAAAUGAUGUGGAUCGCUGUCUUGGCGUUGCUGUACAUUCAAUUGUACUAA